AGGAGGAGGGCACCGCAUCGCGGCACUCCCGGCUUGGCAUGAAGCGCGGCCGCUGACCGACGGACGAAGGGAUUGCGGGAGGCGGCGGCGGGAGAUGGGCGGCGGCUGGUGCGGCUGCGCCCCGGGCCGGGCCGUGCUGCUCUUGCUGGCGCUGGGCAUCCCCGCCUGCCCUCGAGGCCAGAGCCCUCCGCCGCCCUGCGCCGCCCGGAGCCCUGCGGAGGCUCCCGCCGCAUUCCCCGCCACGCCGCUGCCUUCCGCGUGGCUCUGCCGCUCACCUGGCGCCACUCGCGGCCUCUGGGCGCACCUGCCGGGACCCGGAGGGCAGGACGGGGCGCCCUCGCUGCUCAGCCGCUUGGUCCUCUCCCAUCGGGAGCCCGGCGGGAGGCUGCGGCGGGGGCGGCCCCGGGGACUCUGCUUGGAGCCUGCCUCCCGCGUGCCUUUGCCGCCCGGGGCCUGGUGGGGAGGAGGAGGAGGCCCCUUGAAGUGCCGCCUGCGAGGGGUCAAGGGGACCCCAAUCCAGCCCGGAGAGGUCCUCCUCCCGCCCUGGGCGCUGUGCCUCCGGACAGGGCGCCCUACACACUUGGGGCUGCUUUGCCACCAAGACGGAGAAGAGACCGAGGAGACCUUUGUCCACUGGGACCUGAGCCUGGCUUCUUCCCUCCCUGAGAUGCGCCCAGAGCGUAACCCCGAAGCACCCGGAGACCGGCUGCGGAAGAAGCGUAACGCCAAUGCCAGCCCCCAGUUCCAAGUGCCCACCUACCAGGUCUCGGUGCCGGAGAACCGCCCUGCCGGUACCCCUGUGAUCGUGCUGAAGGCGGUGGACCCGGACGAGGGUGAGUGGGGCCGCCUGGACUACUCCAUGGACGCCCUCUUCGACAGCCGCUCCAACAGCUUCUUUGCCAUCGAUCCCCGGAGCGGUGCGGUGACUACAGCGGAGGAGCUGGACCGGGAGACCAAGAGCAGCCACGUCUUCCGGGUGACGGCAACAGACCAUGGUGUGCCGCGCCGCACGGCCAUGGCCACCCUCUCUGUCACUGUUGCCGACACCAAUGACCACGACCCCAUCUUCGAGCAGCAGGAGUACAAAGAGAGCAUGCGGGAGAAUCUGGAGGUGGGCUAUGAGGUGCUGACGGUGCGAGCCACGGACGGGGAUGCCAGCCCCAAUGCCAACAUCCUCUACCAUCUCCUGAAUGGCCGCGGGGCCAACAAGAUCUUUGAGAUUGACCCCAAGUCGGGCGUCAUCCGCACCAAUGGCCUCGUGGACCGGGAAGCAGUGGAGUCCUACCAGCUGAUUGUGGAAGCCAAUGACCAGGGUAGGGAUCCCGGGCCGCGCAGCACCACGGCCACCAUCCAUAUCACGGUGGAGGACGACAACGACAACUCGCCGCAGUUUAGUGAGAAACGCUACAUUGUGCAGGUGCCCGAGAACGUGGCUUCCAACACCCAUGUCCUACGGGUCAAUGCAACAGACCGGGACAAAGGCAGCAAUGCCCUGGUGCAUUACAGCAUCAUGAGCGGCAACACCCGGGGACAGUUUUACAUUGAUGCCCAGACGGGCAACAUUGAUGUCGUCAGCCAGUUGGACUAUGAGAUGAAUAAGGAGUACUCCUUGCGCAUUCGGGCCCAGGAUGGAGGAAGACCUCCGCUUUCAAAUAUCAGUGGACUGGUGGCUAUCCAGGUCCUGGAUGUGAAUGACAACAGCCCAAUCUUUGUCAGCACCCCUUUCCAGUCCACAGUGCUGGAGAACGUGCCUGUGGGCUACUCUGUCAUCCACAUCCAAGCCAUUGAUGCAGAUUCAGGGGAGAAUGCUCGACUGGAGUACGCUCUGGUUGACAUAAGCCCUGACUUUCCCUUUUCUAUCAAUAACAACACAGGCUGGAUUUUGGUGGCCUCUGAGUUGGACCGAGAGAAUGUGGACUUCUAUAAUUUUGGGGUGGAGGCCCGAGACCAUGGAAGCCCCCCCAUGACCUCUUCAGCCAGUGUCAGUAUUACCAUUCUGGAUGUCAACGACAACAAUCCUGAGUUCACUCAAAAGGAAUACAGCAUGCGUCUCAAUGAAGAUGCUGCUGUGGGCACCAGUGUCCUUACGGUCUCUGCCAUUGACCGGGAUGUCAACAGUGUCAUCACUUACCAGAUCACCAAUGGGAAUACCCGCAACCGCUUCUCCAUAACCAGCCAGAGUGGUGGUGGCCUUAUUACCUUGGCCCUUCCCUUGGAUUACAAAUUAGAGCGCUAUUAUCUACUUAUAAUUACGGCUUCAGAUGGCACUCGGCUUGAUACUGCCCAGGUCUUUGUUAAUGUGACUGAUGCCAACACCCACCGGCCAGUCUUCCAGAGCUCCCAUUAUACUGUUAACAUCAAUGAGGACAGGCCGGUGGGUACCACGGUCGUGAUCAUUAGUGCUACUGAUGAAGACACAGGGGAGAAUGCCCGUAUCACUUACUUCAUGGAGGACAGCAUUCCUCAGUUCAAGAUUGAUAUGGACACUGGUGCUGUUACCACCCAGAUGGAUCUAGACUAUGAAGAUCAGGUGUCUUACACAUUGGCAAUUACUGCCCGGGACAAUGGCAUCCCACAAAAAUCAGACACCACCUACUUAGAAAUACUAGUCAAUGAUGUAAAUGACAAUGCACCUCAGUUCUUAAGAGAUAACUACCAAGGUUCUGUAUAUGAGGAUGUCCCAGCGUUCACUAGUGUUCUGCAGGUUUCUGCCACAGAUAGAGACUCUGGGCUGAAUGGAAGGGUGUUCUACACCUUUCAGGGUGGGGAUGAUGGUGAUGGAGACUUUAUCAUUGAAUCCACCUCUGGCAUUGUUAGGACUUUGCGUAGGUUGGACAGAGAAAAUGUCCCUUUGUAUGAACUUAGGGCAUAUGCAGUUGAUAAGGGUGUACCGGCCAUGAGGACACCUAUUGAGGUCCAUAUAACUGUUCUUGAUGUCAACGAUAAUCCUCCAGUCUUUGAACAGGAUGAGUUUGAUAUCUUUGUUGAGGAGAACAGCCCAAUUGGGUUAGUGGUGGCCCGGAUCACUGCCAGUGAUCCAGAUGAAGGCACCAAUGCUCAGAUCAUGUACCAGAUAGUGGAAGGUAACAUCCCUGAGGUCUUCCAACUUGAUAUUUUCUCAGGAGAACUGACAGCAUUGAUGGAUUUGGAUUAUGAGACCAAGUCUGAGUAUGUCAUUGUGGUCCAAGCUACUUCUGCUCCGUUGGUAAGCCGGGCUACAGUGCAUGUCCGUUUGCGGGAUAAAAAUGACAACAUUCCCAUCUUGAAGAACUUUGAGAUCAUCUUCAACAACUACAUCACAAACAAGUCCAGCAGUUUCCCCACCGGUGUGAUUGGCAGGAUCCCAGCCUCUGACCCUGAUGUCUCUGAUACACUUUCCUAUAGUUUUGAGCAAGGCAAUGAGCUAAAGCUGGUGCUUCUGAACCACAGCACUGGAGAGCUACGCCUGAGCAGGGCCUUGGAUAACAACAGGCCUUUGGAGGCAGUCAUGAGAGUUUCUGUGUCAGAUGGGAUCCACAGUGUGGCUGCUCAGUGCAUGCUCCAGGUGACCAUCAUCACUGAUGAGAUGUUGACCAACAGUAUCACCCUGCGCCUAGAGAACAUGUCUCAGGAGCGUUUUCUUUCCCCACUGCUGGCCCUCUUCCUUGAAGGAGUGGCAAUGGUGUUGUCCGUUCCCCGUGAACACGUUGUCCUUUUCAACAUUCAGAAUGACUCUGAUGUGCAGUCUGCCCACAUUCUCAAUGUCAGCCUGUCAGUCUUGUUGCCAGAUGGGGCCUAUGGUGGACACUAUAUUCCUUCAGAAGACCUGCAGGAACGGCUGUACCUCAACCGCACACUCUUGGCUGCCAUUUCAGAGCAGCGAGUUCUGCCCUUCGAUGACAAUAUUUGCUUGCGGGAGCCCUGUGAGAAUUAUAUGCGCUGUGUCUCAGUGCUGAAGUUUGACAGCUCUGCACCUUUCAUUGCAUCUAAAACCAUUCUCUUCCGUCCUAUACACCCUGUCAAUGGUCUACGUUGUCGCUGCCCACUAGGUUUCACUGGGGAUUACUGUGAAACUGAGAUUGACCUCUGUUAUUCUAACCCCUGUGGCAACAAUGGAUACUGCCGAAGCCGUGAAGGAGGAUACACCUGCGAGUGUCAAGAGGGCUACACAGGGGAGGACUGCGAAGUCAACUCUCGCUUGGGCCGCUGCUCUCCAGGAGUCUGCAGAAAUGGCGGCACAUGUGUCAACCUUCUGGUGGGCGGGUUCAAGUGCGAUUGCCUGUCAGGAGACUACGAGAAGCCCUACUGUCAGAUGAGUACCCGCAGCUUUCCAGCUCAUUCCUUCCUCACCUUUAAGGGGUUACGCCAGCGCUUCCAUUUCACUAUUGCCCUCACGUUUGCCACCAAAGAACGGGAUGGGCUUCUUCUCUACAAUGGGCGCUUCAAUGAGCGGCAUGAUUUUGUGGCACUGGAGAUUGUGCAGGAGCAAGUCCAGCUUACCUUCUCUGCAGGAGAGUCAACGAGUACAGUAGCUCCAUUCAUCCCAGGGGGUGUGAGCGAUGGGCAAUGGCAUACGGUCCACCUGCAUUACUAUAAUAAGCCUCUGAUGGGAAUGUCUGGAAUUCCACAAGGGCCCUCUGAACAAAAAGUAGCUGUUGUGACAGUGGACGACUGCGACACAUCAGUGGCCUUGAAAUUUGGUUCUCUCCUAGGAAACUAUUCUUGUUCAGCUCAAGGAAUGCAGUCAGGCACCAAGAAGUCACUGGAUCUGACUGGUCCACUGUUGCUAGGAGGAGUUCCUGACCUGCCUGAGAGCUUCCCGGUGCGGAACAGGCAUUUUGUAGGCUGUAUACGGGACUUCCUGAUUGAUAAUCGAGAGGUGGACAUGGCUGACUUCAUUGCCAACAAUGGGACUGUGCCUGGCUGCUCAGCCAAGAAGAAUGUUUGUGACAGCAACACAUGCCACAAUGGUGGCACCUGUGUCAACCAAUGGAACACCUUCAGCUGUGAAUGUCCCCUGGGAUAUGGAGGCAAAGACUGCAAGCAAGAAAUGGCAAGUCCACAGCGUUUCCUGGGCAACAGCAGGGUAACCUGGAGUAACCUGGCAUUGGUCAUUACACUUCCAUGGCACGUUGGGCUCAUGUUCCGCACAAGGCAGAGCAAUGGCAUCCUCCUGCAUGCUGCAGCUGGUCAACAUUCUAUCAUCACCCUUGGGUUAAGUGAAGGGCAUGUGCUGAUGACUGUGUACCGUGCCAACAGCCAGGUCUCAGCACUCCGGCUGCAUCAGGUGAAGGCGAAUGAUGGUGACUGGCACCACCUGAAGUUGGAGCUGCACAGCAGCAAGGACCACUUGGAAGCUCAGUGCUUAGCCUUAAUGGCUUUUGACUAUGGUCUACAUCAGGUGAUGGCUAACAUCAGCAGUGAGCUCCAUGGCCUGAAAGUGCGGAACCUAAGCAUUGGUGCUGUGCCAGGAGAACAUGGUCAGGUGCAGCAAGGCUUCCGUGGCUGCAUGCAGGGUGUAAGGAUGGGUGAGACGUCGGCCAGUGCUGUGGCUCUGAAUGUAAACCAAGCUGAGAAGGUGAAUGUAGAGCAUGGCUGCAGUAUCCCUGACCCUUGUGACUCCAAUCCCUGCCCUGUCAACAGUUACUGCAAUGACGACUGGGAUAGCUACUCUUGCAGUUGUGACCCAGGUUAUUAUGGAGACAACUGUGCCAACGUGUGCUCCCUUAACCCUUGUGAACAUCAAGCUGUGUGUGCCCGCAAGCCCAGCUCAUCCCAUGGCUACACUUGUGAAUGUCCUGAGAACUACUUUGGGCCCUACUGUGAGAACAAACUUGCUCAGCCCUGCCCACGUGGAUGGUGGGGACACCCUAUUUGUGGACCCUGUAAUUGUGAUGUCAGCAAAGGCUUUGACCCUGACUGCAACAAAACAAAUGGAGAAUGUCACUGCAAGGACAACCACUAUCGACCAUUGGGCAGUGCCAUGUGUUUGCUCUGUGACUGUUAUCCCACAGGCUCACUGUCCCGUACUUGUGAACCUGAGACUGGACUGUGUUCCUGCAAGCCUGGUGUCAUUGGACGCCGCUGUGAUCGCUGUGACAACCCAUUUGCAGAAGUCACUGUUAAUGGCUGUGAAGUGAAUUAUGAUAGCUGUCCACGUGCCAUUGAAGCUAACAUUUGGUGGCCACGCACCCGCUUUGGCUUGCCUGCAGCUGCAUCUUGUCCAAGAGGAUCUGUUGGUACUGCUGUACGGCACUGUGAUGAACACAAGGGCUGGAUGGCACCCAACUUGUUCAACUGCACCUCUCUGACUUUUGCUCCCCUCAAAGGCUUUGCAGAAAAGCUGUUGCGGAAUGAAUCAAUUCUGGAUACAGAACAAUCUCAGCGAGUGGCUCUCCUGCUUCGCAAUGCUACACAGAACACAGCCAGAUUCUUUGGUAGUGACAUCAAGGUGGCUUAUCAGCUCUCAGCGCAACUCCUCAAACAUGAGAGCACCCAAGAAGGCUUUGGCUUGGCAGCUACGCAGGACGUGCACUUCACUGAGAAUCUACUCAAAGUUGGCAGUGCCCUUUUGGACAACAGCAACAAGCGUCACUGGGAACUGAUUCAGCAGUCAGAGGGUGGCACGGCGCAGCUGCUAAAGCACUUUGAGGACUAUGCCAGCACUCUGGCCCAGAACAUGCGCAAGACGUACUUGAACCCCUUCACCAUCAUUACACCCAAUAUUGUUAUUUCUGUUGUGAGACUGGAGAAGAUGAACUUUGCUGGUGCAAAGCUACCUCACUAUGAAGCACUCCGUGGCGAGAAGCCUGCAGAUCUGGAAACUACAGUUAUCCUGCCUGAAAGUGUCUUCAAGGCUUCAGAAGGCAAACACUCUUCUGUGCCCAAUGCCAAGCAUCUUCCUGGCUCUAUUGACGAAGACGGACCUGCCCUGAUGACAAGACAGAAGAGACAUCCGGACCUGAGUGAGGGCCAGGCCAUUGCCAGUGUGAUCAUCUACCGUACUCUGGCAGGUCUGCUUCCAGAGCAGUAUGACACAGAUAAGCGAAGCCUGAGAGUCCCCAAGCGCCCCAUCAUAAACACCCCGGUAGUGAGCAUCAACAUUCAUGACAACGAUGCAUUGAUGCAACGAGCCCUCGAGAAACCCAUUACGGUGCAGUUUCGGCUGUUGGAAACUGAAGAGCGCACCAAGCCUAUCUGUGUUUUCUGGAACCACUCCAUUCUCUUAAGUGGGACUGGUGGCUGGUCAGCUAAAGGCUGUGAGGUUGUCUUCAGGAAUGAGACCCACGUCAGCUGCCAAUGUAACCAUAUGACCAGCUUUGCUGUGCUGAUGGACAUUUCUCGCAGAGAGAAUGGUGAGAUCUUGCCCUUGAAGACCAUCACAUAUGCCUCCAUUGCUGUGACCUUGGGUAGCCUUCUGCUCACUUUCCUCUUCCUGGCUGGCUUAAGAGUCCUGCGAUCCAAUCAACAAAGCAUCCGCAAGAAUCUUGUGGUUUCAUUGUUUCUCUCUGAACUCGUUUUUCUUCUGGGCAUCAAUCAGGCUGACCUUCCGUUUGCCUGCACUGUGAUUGCCAUCUUGCUGCACUUUCUCUAUAUGUGUACCUUUGCCUGGGCACUGCUAGAAGCACUGCAUAUCUACCGUAUGCUGAGUGAGGUGCGUGACAUCAACUAUGGACCCAUGCGAUUCUACUACAUGGUUGGCUGGGGUGUGCCAGCAUUCAUAACAGGUCUUGCUGUGGGUCUGGAUCCAGAAGGCUAUGGGAACCCAGACUUCUGUUGGCUGUCCAUCUAUGAUACUCUGAUCUGGAGCUUCGCUGGACCCAUUGCUUUUGCUGUUGCAAUGAGUGUCUUCCUCUAUGUUCUUGCCACCAAGGCCACUUGUGCUGCUCAGCAACAGGGGUUUGAGAAGAAAGGCACAGUUUCCGGCCUCCGCUCAGGCUUUGUCUCCCUGCUGCUGAUCAGUGUCACUUGGUUGCUGGCCCUGCUGUCCGUCAACAGUGAUGCCAUUCUCUUUCACUACCUCUUUGCUGGCUUCAACUGUCUCCAGGGCCCUUUAAUUUUCCUCCUCUGUGUCAUCCUAUGCAAAGAAGUUAGGAAAGCUCUCAAAUCCAGUUGUGGCAAGAAGCACGGCACAGACCCCACACUCACUACCAAAUCUACCUUGACCGCUGCAUAUAACUGCAACAACACCUAUGUGGAUGGGCAGCUCUACCACACACCCUUUGGAGACUCCACUGGCUCCUUGCACAGCACUGUCCGCUCAGGCAAGAGCCAACACAGCUACAUCCCUUUUGUGCUCAGGGAAGAGUCUGGCUUAAACAACAGCCAAGUGCACCUUGGGCCUGCAGAUCCCAGCUCACUUUUUCUGGAAGCUAAGGAUCAAAACAAUGAGCGUGAUACUGACUCUGACAGUGACCUCUCCCUGGAGGAUGACCAGAGUGGAUCCUACGCCUCCACCCACUCCUCAGAUAGUGAAGAGGAUGAGGAAUUUCCCAGAGAACCCUGCUGGGAGAACUUGCUGUGCCCUAACAAUGACAAACUGGUGGCACACAGCACUCCAAAGGUGGAUAACCUCCCUGUUCCUGUGAAACCUUACUGGCCGGGUGACUUUGUGACCACCGCAAGUGAGAGUGAUGGCCAUGCUGGCUCAGAGAAGCUACGUGUGGAGCCAGUUGGCAAGAUGGACCGGAUGGGGUUAGCAGAAGAGAUACCGAGGGAGAAUGGGGAAACACAGACCAGGGAGGGCAUAAUGGGCUCACUGCCUCAUUCCACUGCCCAGCCCUAUAAAGGUAUCCUAAAGAAGAAGUGCUUACCCCCCAUCAGUGAGAAGAACAGCAUCCAGCGCAUCCACAACAAGCUCGCCAGCUGUCGCUCAGGAAUGGUGUCAUCCCAUGGUUCUUCAGGCAGUGAUGGCAGCCGUGGGGGCGGGGUGCCCCGACCUCGCCAGACGUUACAGGAGCAGCUCAAUGGCUUGACGCCCAUCACUAUGAGCAUAAAGACUGGCACAGUGGAUGAGGACUCUUCAGGCUCCGAGAGCGAUGAAACCUCAAUCUGAUGCCGCACGCACCAGACUCUUUUUCUCUUGUGCUUUGGCCAGUCCGGGAGCCCAGGAUUGCUCUCAAACCGCAGCGAGGAAUGUUGUCUCCUUCAGCACAGCCCAAGGAGCUGGAUCCACCAUAUGUAGUGCCAAAUGAAAACCGACCUGCUGUCACUCCUGCACCAGGGGAAUGGCAGGUCCCAGGAGGCGGACCUACUUGAACAGAUGCACUUUGGAUCAUUGUCAAAGGGACAGGAACAGAAACACAAACUUGACCACCUCCAAGUCUUCAGGGAUUUUCUUGCUUUGUGCCCAGUCUGGAACUUCUAAGUGGCUGGAAUAUAUAUUUUUGUCUAUCAAAGCUGGGCUGGGGGAGCCUCAGCAGCAACCACACAUCGACGCCUCUGGAUAUGCAUUAUUGUGCAGAUGUUUGCAUAUUUGACAAUGGGGUUGAGUAGGAGGGGGUCAGUGCACAUGGAGCAUGGCUGCCAUUAGGAGGUGGGUGACACUGAGAACUGUAGAUUCUAGGAUAGGGAAACACAUCUGGAAUGGGACAGUUUCUGGAAGGUAUUAAUUAGUAUGGGUUACUCCUACAACCAGAAGAUUGCAACAUUGAAUUAUGGCCAAGGGUGUCAUGGCUGUGCAGGAGAGCUGCAUGAGAUCUGUGCUAAGCUGUCUAAUCAGACCUACUUUCCUUCCCUUUGUGUAUACAUUCCUAGGAGAUAGCCUUUGCUUCCCUCUGCAAUGUGUAUGUAUCAUAAGUGUGCUUUUCUUUGAUUCCUAAGCACAAGCUUAAACACAUCUUCCAGUGUGCAAUUGAAGCUUGCUUAAACCCUGGGUAGGCCACUCUCUCAUAGGAAAGACAAUAAUCUGACAUUCUGGCUUUGUUAUUGCAAGAAUGGGGAAGAAAAUUAUCAUCCAAGCAGUCAUUUCUGGACUCUGUGCCAAUAUCUUGUUGGUAAUUGCACACCAGGGACUAGAAUCAUCUAUUUCCUCCCCUUAAUGUUAUUGUUAAACGAAAUGGUAGGAUUAUUACAAAAAUCCAGGGCCAUUUCCCCAGGAUGUCAGUCACCAUCGUACUACUUAUGACCAUGGACUGUACUGAUGUGCACCAGCUGUGGAUUGUGUCCCCUGUCUGCCAUGUUGCUUGCUCCAGCCUCACUGCUUCAGGUUGCCCAGUGGAACUAGGGGUGUAGGACCCAAUCCAAGCCACUGGUAUCCAAGGGAAAUGCUUCCUUCUCAGUCCGAGAUCAAUGACAAACCACUCAGUUGUGACCACUACUCCUCCAAGCUUGGCUUGCCAAUCCACUGACUUGGCCCCAUCGGGAUUGCUCCAAGAGGCAGCCCAUAGCUGCUGAGCACCGCAGAUGGUGCCUGCUGAGCUGUCAGUCCGUGCUGCAGUAUUUUAAUAGAAAAUGACAAAAAGAAAAAUGUCCCACCUCCUGCUCUUCACCGCCAGCCAGCACCUGGUCCAUGUGCCACUGGCCUGGAGCAGGGAUGCUGCCUUGACGUCUCCCGAUAGCACCCGGCUCUCAUGCCAAUAGGGUGCUGCCUUUCUGCCUCAGAAGCCUUCAUUUUUCUACACUCAGCCAAGCCUGAUGCCUGCUCAUAUUGGGGAUUUUCAUGCUGGGUCCUUUUGGAAAGUACUUUUUUAUAAUGUUCCUUGGGAAAGAGAUUUUUUUUCUGCUGAUAAUGGAGUAGGGGAAGAGGGGGGCGGCUUGGGGAAGGGUGAAGGCACUGUUUAUUUUGAUGUGUUGUUUUUUUUUUAAAAAACUUGACCACUGCUGAAGGGUGUUCUAAUUUGAAGAGAUGAAACACCCCUCUGAGUUACAUCUUUAGCUUUGUAGCAGUGUUAAAGUCUCUUUAGCUGGGGCGCAAAUGGAAUGCGCUUUACUGACCUAGACAAGGUUUGCACAAUGAGGAGUUAAACUGGGACUUGACCAUUGUCUUAGUCUGGCUAAUCAAAGGAUGCUGAUCGUUGCCUCUGGAAAUCUUGGCCCUUGCCAUCCAACCUUGGAUGGCCUCCGUCCUUGCCAGUUUCCUAACCCUUUUCUUGGAAUGUUUUGACAUAAUAGGAUGUGGUUCUCUUAAACCUGUGUAAUGUCAGCCUGGCACUUUAGUAGAAUCUACUGUGUUUGCCACCUUCUAGCAUACAGCAAGGAAUCGAUUUCAGCCUCUUAAAGACAUAGAGUAGUCUAAUGUAGUUUUGCUUCUACUGCACACAAUGUUCUCAUGUGAGCUAUUCAGCGGCAUCUUCGUUAAGAAAAAGGAGAAAAUGGAAUCCUUCCUUCCUCACCACACAAUACGCAGCAAUGUUGGAAGCCUAAAGUGUCCUAGAUCAGAUAAGAAAAAGUUAAGAGGUGACAUGAUAAUAAUGUUUAAAUAGCUGAAAGGAUGUCAUAUUGAAGAAGGAGCUUGUUUUCCGCUGUUGUAAAAGAUUAAGACACAGGGCAAUGGAUUCAAACUACAGAAAAAAAUAUUCCUUCCUAAAAUUAGGAAAAACUUCCUGAUGGUAAGAAUUGUUUGGCAGUGAAAUAUUCUGUCUUUGAGUGUGUUAGUCUCCUCCUUUGGAGGUUUUUAAACAGAGGCUGAAUGGUCAUCUGUCGGAAAUCCUUUGUGUAUUCCUGCAUGGUAGAUGGUUAGACUGGGUAGCCCUUGUGGUCUCUUCCAACUCUAUGGUUCUGUAAUUCUGUCAUUCUAAUGCUUAACUCCAUACUGACAGGAUCCUAUUAGUUGUUGGUAAAGUAUAAAACUUGCCUAGCAUUUUUACACUACACUGCAAGUACUGCUCUUUUUCCUAGUUGUGUAAGGCAAAUCCAGUAGCUUCCAGGUGCACCCCUGCAGCCAUUCAAAGGUUCACACACCAGCCAACCUGUGUUGCACACUUUGGAAAAGGAGCAGCUUUUUCCCACUCAGACCACUUCCAGUGUACUGACUGGCGGGCCAUGAGGGUGAAAGCUGCUGUUUUGUUUGGAUUUGCAAUGCAAGCUGUGUUGGUGUCUGGGUAGAGCCAAGUAGUAAGAGGAUGGGAUGGAGCUAUACUGUGCUCUCUUCCGGAUGCCCUUGCAGAGCCAGGGGAAACCAGAAGGUUUUCUGCAAUGUCUUUCCAAGUACUUCAGCUGGCAGGCCCUGGUUAGGCCAGUGUAAGUAAACAAAAAACAGUCAAACUUUGUACUUUAUCACCAAGAGAGUGGAUAUGUAUAUGAAAAUGAGCAAUGGCUUUUUUUCCCUCCUGACAACUCCUCUGGUAUGCUUGCUACAAUUACUCUAGCACUAUAUGGGAGAACAAGGAAACCGUGGACUUCCUCUGUUUUUCCCCAUGGAAAGACAUAGUGUUCCUGCAUGAGACGUAGAUUAGUGCAAAGAGGUAUGUAGUGUUUUUAACUGUAGAGAAUGGGGCACUCCCUUUGGCUCUGACUAGCAAAUCAAAAGAUCUAAAAAAAUAAUAGCCAUAAACUCUGAUCACUUUUGAGCAUAUUAAAAACAGUCAGUAGAGAAACUGACAAGUAGAGAUAACCAGAGAAGCUUCCCUUCUCAAAUUUUGCAUUAUGAGUUCUUAACAUGGGAGCAAGUAUUUUUGUAUCCCAACGAAGUGUCCGUGGAAAUCCACAAACCCUACAGUAUUCAUUUUUAAGGGAGGGCCAAUGGCUGCUAAAGAGUGUCUUCCAGAAAACCCUCCGUAGACAGAUUGAGCUCCUUUUCCAGUUCGCAUUUGCUGAAUAGUUUCACUGCCAGAGUCCCAUUACAGGCAGCUAUGCAGCAGCUGAAGCCUCUCCUAUAACUGGGAAGACUUUUGUCUGUAAAAUUUUGGUCUCUUUAAGCUAUUAAAGGUAUCAGAGUUCUAGUAGAUGAAAAAAUUGCAACCUUUCCCCACCCCAAUCCUUGAAAUACCUCUAAAUCUGAGGUUUCAGACUGCAACUCAAGUACACAGAAUAGCCUACAGUAACUUCCUAUGCAAGAACUUUCUCAUAUUUAGAAACCAUUACCUGAAACAAACUGGAAAGCAGUAAUGAUUCAGAAUCAGCUCUCUGAAACAGCUGUAACUUCCAGGAAAAAAUGUCUUCAGAUUAUUCUGCCCUCAAAGGAGAACAGAAUUGGAGUGGGUGGGAGAGUCCUUCCACUAGAGAGCUAUUAUAAGUCAUCAGAGAGGUGUUAAACCUCAAGAUACCAUAGGAUCAAGGAGUGACGGACUCCUGUUUCAAACUCCAUACAAAAGCUUGGCUUCUGCUCCAUCCACUGCAACCAGUUUAUUGUUUUGAAUCUAUCUGCUAUCCAUAAAAAGCCAGUUAGCUGUUUCACCAAUGGUGGUAAUGUAUUUGGCAUGUCUGCAUUUUAAUUUAUUUUUAAAUGUUUUUUUUAAAUAUGUAUACAUAUAUUUAAUGAAGACUGUCUGUCCAAAGCUGUGCCAUCUUAGGGGAGGGGCUGGAACAAACCAGAGUCAAGGGAAAAAUCAUCACCAUUCAAGUCAGAUCCUGAAGCAAAUGAAAGCAGCUUUCCUACAGCCAGCACAUUUGAUGUUGGAUUACAACCACCACUCCAGCCAGGAAUAAUGGAGUUUUAGUCCAGUAGACCUGGAGUACAGUAGAUUGGUUAUGUAUUUAGAAUAAAUUUAGGCAGGAAAAUGUGGAAAUGUAUGGGGAUGAUCUGUAUUAUCUGUCAGUCAUCAGAAGAGACCAGUAGCCUCAACUAGGAAAAACACAUCCUACCAACUGUAAUAGGAGUGUACAAAAUCAACUAUGUGGACCAUGCAUCGUUAUAUAAUUCAUAAAAAGGAGUCUGAGUAAACUGACACUAGUUCUGAAAGUCUAGUUAUGGCAGAUGCAGACUUCAUUCUCUGCUGCUUUACCCAGGUGGUAAACACUUGUCACUGUUGUCCAGACCUGGGCACUUGUCAUUAUAGGCUCAGACCCCUUGUCUGAAUAUUGGCAUGGACUCCUCUCCCCUGCAAUAGCUAAGGAGAUUGUUUACAGCAGAGAUUAUCCUCGAAAAGGUAUGAUUCUUUUCCCUUUUGCCAGGAAGGUGCCAGCAUCUUCGCUUGCUACAGUGCAGAGAAAUUUAAAAAGUAAGCAUCCCAACCCAUGUCCACCAGUGCAUUUCCAGAAGGUACCUCUUCUGAAUGUCUACCUGACAACUCUUGAAGAUGCUGGAAACUUAGGGAAACAACCUGACUUUUCCUUGAGAAGCUCAGCUUUGGCCCGGAGGGCAGAGGUGAAGAGGAUCGGGAAAGAGACCUGGUAUAAUUCAGUCCUUUGGAGCAACACAAUAUUUUGUUAACUUCUGAUGUGAUGCUGGCUUUUCCCUUGGUAUAAAAAGUUGAAGUGUACAGGUAGGGUUGGUAAUGUAAAUAUUAUAGGGUUCACCCCCUUCCCUAAAAAAAUAAAACCAUAGUUCUGUGGCA